UAAAAAACAGCUGUAGCUGGCGGGUUCCGAUUGGGAAGUGUAUUUUUAAUUGUUAUUAUUUUUUAAAGCAAUCAAAAUAAACAAAAUGCGUAAGUACCAACAGCUGGUGCUGCUGGUAAUCUCGUGCCUCAGCGUGGGCAUACUUCUGAUGUACAAAACCGAGAACAACCGGCUGAAAUAUGUGCUCAAGUACGUGAACUUCUUCGGACGCAACGAUGCCGCUGUGCUGCGGCGUCUGGAGAAUGGAACAAAGGAGGAGGACCCAAAGGCACUUUUGGGACGCCCACUUCCCGUGUGGCAAGUGAUCGGCGACUCGUUCCACGCCUACUCCGCCUUUUGGAUCCGCAACGAACUGGUAGCCGGUGGCGAAGCCCACGUCCUCGUGGUUGGAAAAAAGGGAGCUGUGGUUGAUUUCCGAUGCAGCCUGGACCUUCUGGGCGGGCGCAGUCUGCAGGGAAAGUUUCGCUUCCAGCGGGACUCCAUCGAAAGCCUAGUGGACGAUAAGUCCUCGAACUUUACAAGCUAUCACUUCUUCUGUCAAGUGAGCCGGGAUUUCGGACAGCCAGGUAGUGUCUCCUUCACGGACAUUACAACCACCAAGAGUCCCGUAAAGCUACGCCUGCGGAACCUAAAACCAGCAGGAAAGAAGAGCGAUCGCCUACCAGCAACGGUGUGCUUGGAUCUUGUGGACUUUAAUAUGACGUCGAAAUUUGCUCGCAGUGAAAAUGCACUGCUACAGUUCUUCCUGUUCCACCAAGCCAUAGGAAUCGAACAUUUUCUGGUCUACAACUACGAUGAGCUGCCCGAGGAAGUGAUUCACCUGCUCGGACGGACCAACAUUCAUCUAUACGCCCUACCCUUUAACUUUCCUUUUCGGCAAACAAACGGCACGCAAUCACGGAUUCAUCAACUGAUCCUCUCGGAUUGCCUUCUGCGGAAUGUGAACCAAGCCAGCUUUACUCUUCUACUGCGUCCCAAUGAGCUGUUUUUCCCCAACUCCAGAUUCUCUAUGGGUCAGGCAAAAGGAUCGCUGCAGCAGCAGUUGCGCCACUUCUCUUCCGAAACCGCUCGUUUUGAACUGGCGACAAUAGCCGUUUGCUUUGAUGAGCGAAAGAAACUUCUGCCGGACAACGUGCAGUACGAUCCCGAGCGAAGAUCCGCGUACAAAACAUUACUCAAUCGCCUGGAGCUGGCGCCUGGGCAACUCUUGGCCAGCACGGCCGAGGUGGAACUUUCGCUAUCCACCGCUUUCGUGCACCGCUACGUGGAUUGUGAGCACGUGGGCGGCGAUGGCCUGCACGACUGGCGGAAUGCGGUGCGCGCCGACUUCAUGGAACACAUUAACGCACUGCGCAACGAGGUGGACCUUCUUAUCUAAGCGAGUACUUUGUUAUAGCCUUUAGUUUGAGAUUUAUAUGUAGCUUUGAGAGAUCACUUGACUGCCAUAAAAUAAAUACAAGAAAUAAGCACACAA